CAGUUUAUUUAUUUUGGGUUAUGCUAUCGUACGUUAAAUUAAGUCCAAAUGUUAUCUUUUAUCUGGAAAAUUUAUAAGUAAUAACAGUUACAUGUACAUGUAGGUCCUAGUCUGAUUGUUCUUGUCAUUCAUCUGAACGUGUAACGCGAAUGUUUCAUAGAUCGAAUUAAUUUGCACCCGCCUCGCCAUUUUACCGUGCAGCAGGUGAUUUGAUUUUGUUUUUAGAAUAUAAACUAGAGGCUGAGGUUCAUCUUGUUUAAUGUACUUGCUGCUUGCAAGUAACGCCUGAAGUCAACUUACACCAUGAAUUGAAAAUUAAGGAUUUCAAUAUGGAUGCAAAGAGAGCAUGUUCCAGUUCAUCGUCAGAUGCUGUUCCUUCAAAAGACCGAUCAAAGGAAACCAUUGAUGAUGGAAAACAUGUUGUUCACCGAUUUCAGGAACUGUUUGACACCGAGACACUGAGUGAUAUUGUUUUGCUGGUUGGCGGGGCACGUUAUGCAGCACACAAGUUUGUUUUAAUCACAGCUAGUGAGGUCUUUCAAGCCAUGUUGAAUGAGGACAGAUGGCGUGAGGCUAACCAGCUUGAAGUGACCCUCACAGAGGACGAGGAAUGUUUACCAGUCUUCAAAGACUUCCUUAGGUAUGUGUAUUGUGGGAGCAUCACCUUGACAACAACCACUGUACUGCCAGUACUAAUUCUGUCUGACAAGUACUGCAUUCGUUCUCUGUGCAAGUCCUGUGCUCAGUACAUGCUACAACAUGUGGUGGAAUCUCCCGACACUAACCGUGCUCUGUCCUGGUAUCAGUAUGCAAAAAUCACUGGCUACAAUCAGCUACAGGAGGAGACCUUCAAAUUCAUCCUCUCAAAUUUCCAUAUUGUACAGAAUUCUCCUGAUUGGCUGACACUGAAUAGGGUCGAAGUUCAGGAGUUCCUCAAGAGUUCUGAUAUUGUGGUGGAAAGUGAGUAUCACCUGUGGAAGGAACUUGCCGAAUGGUUUGCUCAUCAAGAGAAUGUAAACGAGGUCUUGAAAGAGUUAUUGCCACUGGUGAGGUUUUCCUUCAUGACUCCUAAACAAUUGUUUGACAUUGAAAGUUCAAAUCUGUAUAAAGAAAACUAUCAGUUGUUCUGCGAGAAAUUUCUACAGGCAUACAGACGACACUCACUUCUAAGUGAAGAUGUGGAUAAAUUCUCAUCCACAAUGAUGGAAACCCACAGAAAUUACAGCUCUCCUGACUAUGGAAUAGCCUGCCAUUUGACCCUCAUAAAUUACCAGGUCAAGGCCAAAAUUGACAGUAAAAUAAUUGUUGAUAAUUUCAAAGUGCCCCUUCAGUUCAACCCAUCUAGUAACAAAACCGACCAAGUGAAGGCUUCUUUUCAUGUGGAGUUUUUUCCUAAGGGGUACUUUCAACCACAUAUGCUGUACCAAACCUACCUUGGAAAACACAAUGAGAAGACAACUCUUGUUGUUAGACGUAUGAAUCCCAUCUUAACACCAGAGGUUCUCACUGUGGAAGUCACUAUGGUCAUUUAUGGGAAAAGAAACCAGGUACAGUAUGCUGCCCACACAGUGACCAAGACUCACAACUUCUGCCAGAAAUCCCCCAAACUGGAGAUAGAGGAUGUGAUAUCUGUGGAAAAGUUUCAGGAGAACAAUUCCUCCUACCUUGUGAAUGGGCGCUUUGAGGCCACUCUGUUCCUGAAAGUCCUGAGUGUGGUGGAAGGGAAAGACGGGGCCAAGAAAUAAAUCAAACUAGCUUAUGAAAACGUAAUGCAGGGUUCGAAAUUAACUCAUGUCCGUAAGUCCGAGACUAGUAAAAACGUGUCGGACUAGUGAACUCUCUAUAGCACUAGUCCGUACGGACUAGUGAAAAUCCGGAAAGAUUUUUAGGAAGAUUUGUCUGAGUCUCUUAGAUGUUUGAACUUAUGGUUGAUUACCUGCAUGGUCAAGUGUUUGCAUGACUAUGACAUCCUGAUCUUCCAAACACAUGGAGUGUGUUCGAGACCGCCGUUCUUCGAACACAAAUUGUCAAAUUCCUGCCGAUUCCGAACGCCGAGUACACAUCACGAGAACGUGUUCUAGGUGUAAGAAUUGCAAGUAGUGUGGUCUGAGAACAUGCACGUUUGUGCGCACAUGUUCUCGUCAUUCGCGACUCUAACACAGUAGUUCAUAACACUAUAGCUCAUGACUUGGUCAAUCGAGUGAAUUUUAUUGACUUUAUUGAUAAAAUUUCGAACUCCUGUGACUCUAAAAUCUGAGCACCAAAACAACAGGAAUAUCGAUCUCGAACGCACUUAUGGACGUUUAUAAAAGGAUUAACUCGGAGGUUAAUAUUGUAUGCUUCUGAAGAUUUUGAAUACGAAAUAAAAUAUGGUGGUCUCUUUUUUCUUCUGUAGGUGUCAGAAAUUGAAUUGUUUGCAACUGAUGUGUUUGGUUUGAUUAAAAUGAAGAUCAUUUUAUGAUAUACUGGGCGGACUAGUGAAAUGCUUUGCGGACUAGUGAACAUCAACAGUGACUAGUCCGUACGGACUAGUGCUUGAAAAAGUUAAUUUCGAACCCUGUAAUGUAAGGAACUUUGUUUUAUAGAGAAAAAUUUACCUAGAAAUUGUAUGUACAGGUACAUGUAUUUCUAUAUGAAUCGUUGUAAAACAAGAUUUCUAAUUCAGUAUAUAUAAAUCAUGUUUUUUUUACUGUCUAAUAGUAGUGAUUAUAAUUUUAUUUGAAGAGCUGAGAACUUUAAGCUCAGAUUUGAAAAUAUUUUUUACACAGAUGUGAUUAUGUUAUCCAAUUAAUUAUAUUAUCCAAUUAUUUAUUUAUUAAGUUAUUUUACUACAUGUAGAAUUGCAUUUCAUGACAGAUGCAUUAAUACAUUGUAUAAGACAUAAGCAUGAUAUUAAAAGUAUUUAAUAUACGAAAGUAAAAAUGCUCUAUUAGAAGUUUGCUUUACUAUGCUUGCAUGGCUGUAAAAAAUUUUUUUUUCAUGAAUUGUAAAUCUAUCAUCAUUUCUUUGUUAUUGUCUUUCAAUACCAAUAGGUGCAUUAUCUCGUCAUCUAUAAUUAGCCCUGCCAAGGCUACGUGUAUGUUUGUAUAUGUCUGCAGACAAAAUUUCAUAAAAACUGUAGAUUGGAUUUCAUUCAAAUUUUCACUAAAGAAAGAUCCGAUGACUAACAAUAGCUUGGGAAUGAUUCAUAGAUGAGAACAGACAAUAAAGAAAUUCUUCACAUACAUUUAGUACAGUGAAACAUGUUCACAAAGUUGUCAACUACAGUGAAUUCAUAUUUGCCUCUAAUUACUGUUAAGUCAUUGCAUGUGCUUAUAACCCAAUAAUGCCAUAUAUUUAUUGUUCUGAAGAAAACCUAGUCAACAUUAAACAGUGACAGAUA